AUGAUGGAAGUCAUCGUCAUGUGCUUGGACAGAAAUUGGGGCGUGGCUUGUACGGAUUGGACGUGUUCGCUGAUUUUGUGUACUUCUCGGACUACUCCAAAGAAGGAUACCAAUGUCUUGUCGCAGGAAUUGCGCCUAAUCGCGAUCCGAAUGGCCUACAUCCUUGCCCCACCGUCCGCACACGCUCAUCAUGGGAACAAGGCAGAACGCUCCCGUUGA